ACUUUAACCUCUAAAAAAAAUUGUUUAUUUACUUCUUCCAUGCGUCUGUAUUUACUUUGAUAAAAAAAAAUAUUAAAUAUUAUUGAUAAUAAAAAUUCAUAAAUAAAAACAUUUAUUUAGAAUUGUAAAUAUUGAAAAGAAAUUUCUUUCGCAAAAAAAAGUGCAAAUAUAACUACUAUAGUUCCUUGACCUAUUAUCUAUAUUUUUUUAUUUUAUAAAAAAAAUUAAAUAUUGUAUUCUAAAUUUUUUUUUUGUAAACGUAUACACGUUUAUAAUGAUAGGAAUGUGUGGGAAAGGGAAAGGAAAACAUUCACGCGUGUACAAGUGUCAAAUGAUGAGUUUGUGAAUCAACACACCAGGUUUGGCUUCAUUAUAGGCCGCCACACAUAUAAUUUUUUUAACCCAAAAAUAAAAACGUGCUUGGAAUUAUUCAUAAAAAAAACAUGGUCUCCAGUGGCGCAUGUUAAUCAUCAAUUUCAAGACAAUAAUUCUCAAAAUUUAUUUACUAUGUCAAAACAUCAUCAACAAAAUAGUCAAUAUCUCAAGUACAUGAGCCUUGUUACUCUUUCAGUUCAAAAUGCUCUUGUUAGUCUCAGUAUGCGAUAUUCUCUCAUUAGGCCUGGGGAGAGAUUUUUAUCAUCCACUGCGGUAGUAAUGUCCGAAGUAGUAAAACUUAUCACUUGUUUAAGUCUUGUUUUCAUUGAGGAAGGAAAUUUUUCAAAAUUCUUUAAUUCUCUUAAUACAACAAUUAUUAAACAACCAAUGGAUACAUUGAAAGUUUGCGUGCCAUCAUUAAUUUAUAUUAUACAAAAUAAUCUUUUAUACGUAUCAGCGUCAAAUUUAGAUGCAGCAACUUAUCAGGUUACUUAUCAAUUGAAAAUUUUAACAACUGCCUUCUUUGCUGUUGUUAUUUUAAGAAAAUCACUUCAUCGAUUACAAUGGUUGGCAUUAUUUUUUCUUCUCCUUGGCGUUAUUCUUGUUCAAUUAGCUGAGAAUGGCCCACAAAAAGUGCCAUCGGGAAUUGAACAAAAUCGUCUUCUUGGAUUUGGUGCGGCAUUAACCGCAUGUUUUCUCUCAGGAUUUGCGGGUAUUUAUUUUGAAAAAAUUCUCAAAGGUUCGGAUAUUUCUGUUUGGAUGAGAAAUGUACAAUUAAGUCUUCUCUCAUUGCCAUUUGGUUUAUUUACAUGUUUAAUGAACGAUGGCAAUGUUAUAUUAGAAAAAGGAUUUUUCAUUGGUUACGAUUGGUUCAUUAAUUAUUUAGUAUUAUUACAAGCGUGCGGUGGUUUAAUUGUUGCAUUAGUUGUCAAACAUGCUGAUAAUAUUUUAAAAGGAUUUGCAACAUCAUUGGCAAUUAUUAUUUCAUGCGUUGCGUCAAUUUAUUUAUUUAAUUUUCAACUUUCUUAUCAAUUUACGUCCGGUGCUUUUCUUGUGAUGUGUUCGAUUUUCAUGUAUGGACAUCAACCAAAAAGUUUGGCGAACAAUAAACACUCGCUUCUAGAAAAAAUAUGAUGAGAUUUGUAAAGAAAAAAAAAAGAAAAAUUAAGAGAAUUUAUUUAUAUUGUAAAAAAAAUGUUUAUAUUAAUUGAGUAUUAAAAAAAAAUUUUACACACAAAAUAAGACAUGUAAUGGCUAAAAUUGAAUGUCGCCUAUUGUUGAAAGUAUUAUAAACUUUAAACAAAAAUUAAGUUAGAUUUUAUGUCAAAAGAAGAGAGA